CCCUCCCUCUCUUUCCCUCCACUCAGCAACUCGUACUCGCCCAUCAUAUCUUGAUUUAUUGCACAAGCUGCAUCUCCACCAGCGAAACAAUCCACUUCUUGUUUUGCUCGCCUUUGCAUUCUCACUCUGUGAUCGCUUCUUUCUCCACCUCUCUUGCUCUGCUUGCUUACACAUGACUCUCUCUCUCUCUCCAAUCCCAGCUGCAUUCGCCAGUGUUUCGAUUCUCUUCAUUCGCAUUUGUAUACAAAAGAAAAUAACUCCCGCAACAAUAUCAAUGGAGAGACUCUGUUGCUCAAAGCCUGGGCCAGUCGUUUUCAAAGGGGGGGGGGAAGUCAUACUGGUUGUUGUCUCGAUUGAUAUUCGCGUCAUCUUGAUCGACGGUCAUGUCUCGAUCGCCGUUCAUGUCGCCGUCACCCUUGUUAAAUCUUGCGGCAGUCCAGCAUCCAAAGUACGAUAUGCGGAACGACAUGGCUUGGUCUUUCGCCCGAUUGCUAUCGCUGACCAAGCUUCAGAUCGGAGGUCAUGCCCGAUACCAUUUUAUCCGUGGGAAUGGCUGCGAUGGGGCGAAACUCACACUGAGCCAUGCGUGCCAGUGGCAUCCAGACUGCCAUCAAUAUGUGCAGUUAUUGGAAGGCAUCGUGUUCAACCCAACCCAACCCAACCCAAUCCAGCCCAAUCCAGGAGAGGAGGAGGGAGAGAGGAUACAUCCAAAGGAAGGAAGAAGAAAAGCCCCAGCAGAUACAAAUGAAUCAACCAACCGGGAUGCUCUCGUCAUGUAAACCCAAUACGGGUGCAUAAACUGCGACAAUGUCUGUCUGGGUGGGUGGCCGACACUGGGCAGCGAAACAAACAAGAGUCGGAUCGGUGUACUAUAGGGUGAUGGGCGAGAGGAGAAGUGGUCGACAUCGGAGAAUACACGCAACGGCCGAGGCACAAUGCGCACAGAGUCAGACUGCAUACGAAGGCAAAGGGGA